UUGGCUCGAGACAGACGUGUAGAGCGCAGAAAGCGGGCUUGAAUCUCGGAUUUGGCUGGCAAUUGGACGAUCGAUGGCUUAGCUAGACGGUCCCAGAGGUCUAGCCAAGUUCAGUCGACAGAUCGAUCAUCGCGAGGCAACCAAGGAGGGUCCUCCGAGCCGGAACGGUAGUGAACUCCCCUUUCGAGCGCCUCUCAGCGUCGAGUGUCGCUGGCGAUUACGCGAUAUGAAUUUUCCUAUUGUGUAUUCUCGGAAGAAACGAGUUUGAUUGGAUAGAAAAGUGCGGUAUUGGCACCCGGGCCCCUGCAGCAUCGCCCAGCCCCAACCCCUCCGCUCUUGGGCCAACAGCAUCGCGAGUGGAGUGCAUUCUGCUGCUAACGGUAAAACGAGUACUGGACCCGGCUGGAACUGGCCCCAACUGGCCUAUUGCAGCAUCCACCAUAAUAACAAGAGUGGUUCUUGCUCCGCGCUAAUCUCAUCUCCUCGAUUUAUGCCCCCCGUUCGAUGACGCCGCAAAGUGCAGUGCGGACGCUAGUUGGCCCCACUGGAUCCCGACCAUCGUCGUCGUAGAAUUUGAGAACGUUCUGCAGUGGCCCAAUUCGGAAUCGGGUCAAUAAGCUGUACCUGGAUUUCGGAGCCUGGACUGGAACCCGGGUUCUCCGGCGAGGACAGGCAAAAUAGCAACAGCUCGACACUGCAGCGACACCAUCCUCCGCAUCCAACGCAUCCUCGUCACCCGGGACAGCCGCACCUCCACCAGAUGGCCCCCAGCGUGUGCGAAAUGGCCGGCCAGGGUCAAAGCAGUCAGAUGCCCCCGCAGAAGGCAGGCGGAUCCCAUAGCUCGGGCACCAACAAGUGCGGAGCCAGCAGUCUCAACGGAUCCCUGGCCUCCUACAAGAUAGGCGGCUCCGAGCAGAGCUGGCCCCAAGCACCAGUCUACAGCAAGGAGAACCAACGUCCGCCUGUCUACAAUCCGGAGGACUACGUGCACUCGCUGAGGAAGUUCAUCAAGGCCAGCAGUUCGGCCAAGAAGCUGACCAUCUACGAUGUGAGCACGGGUCCGAGUGCCAAGGAAGAGGCCUCCCGGUCGGCCACCCUGCCAGCCAAACACUCGGAGUACAAGUCUCCCAUUCCUUCUCCGCCAGAAAAUGACAGAGAGAUGUCCCUGCGCCAGUUUGGCUCUAUCACAGACUUGCUCACCAAGUUGAGGGCUGAUCUGCGGGUCUCCUUUCCCAGCUUUGUCCAGGAGUUUGUGUGCACUCCUGCUGAUGGCAUCAGCCACUUGCUGGAGGUCCUGCGCGCCAUUCAAAUGGCCCAGGCCAGCAAUGCCCCUGCUCCCUUGCCAGGAGCCAGCAGUUCCCUGGCCCUGACCAGGAAUCCCCAGAGCUAUCAGCGGCGUGCUCUGCUGGAUGAGCUGUCUUGCCUGCAAUGUCUAAGUAUCUGUUGCUCACGAUCCCUGGAUGCCAUAGCCCGUUUGGGGAACACUCCCGUGGGUCUCAUGCCCCUGGCUUCCUCGGCCACGGGUCAGGGCAUCCGAGCCCGCAUCCUGGCCCUCCAGCUGCUCGCCUCCGCCUGCGAUCGCCAGCCCUUCGGCGGCGGCAGUGGUGGUCAGAAGAUUGCCUCGGCGGGUCACACGGCCGUGUCGGAUGCCAUGUCAACGUUGCGGCUGAGAUGCAGUGAACCGGUGCGCUUUCGCCUGCUGGUGGGCAUUCUGAACAGCGGCGGUGGAUCUGGGGAGCUGCAGUGUGCGGGUGUUAAAUUUCUCAACACCUUUAUUGAGAGCGCCGUGAGCGUCCAGCAGCGUCUAUACAUCCAGGCGGAGCUUUUCCAGGCAGGAUUGGAUGCCAGCACUUUGGCCAGGACCAUAUCAUCCUCAUCCCCAUGGUUGGAUGCCUUGAAGAUCGAGGUGAAGCGCUUCAACGAACUGCACAUAGAUGUGGACCAGAUGAUUACCCAGGCCAGGGAUGCGGAGCGUGUGCGUAGCCAAAUGGUAAUCCUGGAGCGAAGGGUGCAGAUCCUGCACGAGGAAAAGGCCGUGCUGACCUCCAUGGAGCGACGUCUUCAAGAACGCUGUGCCGAGCUCCAGCGCGAGAUCUUCCGCCUCCAGGGCAACCAGCAACAGUCCAAAUUCAAACCGGUGGAGUCUUCCUCCGGCCACCAGCCGGUGGCCCUUCCCCGGCAGGUGCCUCCGCCCAAGAAAAACAAGCAGAGCAGUUCGGAGCACGAGGACGAGGGCAUCAGCAGUUCGGAGACGGGGGCCUCCCUCAGUCCAGUGCCCAUUUUGGUCCUUCCCUCCAAGGCGAAGCAGUCGCGAAAGGUCGUGCCGGAGGAGGAUGAGGAUGACGCGGCCACUAUUGAGGAUGUGAUCGAGGAGCUGGACAACAUUGUGAGCGAGGCGGAAAAGCAGAUCAGCAGCCAGGCAAGCAGUGUAUCCCGCUCAAAGAUGCGCCACAAUCGAUCAGUGGAGAAGGAUAUUGUCCCGGUCAACAUUGUACCACAGCCUCCGAGGAAAUCCCGAUCCCUGGCCCACCUGGUGGCACGCACCGAUUGCUCCGAUCAGGAGGGUUCGGACUAUGGCAUGGUCCUGCACCAGCCAGGAGAUCCCGCUGCCGCGGAGCGAUUGGCCGCCAUGCAGAGCUUCUUCGACGAGGUAGACUACGAUGCUCCGGAAACGGAUCAGCCGGCGGCCUACCAAAUGGACUCACCCACGCCCGAUAUGCCGGAGGCGAAUGCCACGGCCACGGCGUACAAUGCCAGCACGAACCGGGAGCUCCUGGAUGUGAUCAUGAACGCGCGGCACGACGAGCACGAUCCCACCAUGCAGGCCCUGAGGAAGAGUGCCCAGGAUACGGCGCCGGUGACGACGAUUCCCCACCACCCGGUGAAGGUCAAGGCCCCGGCUCCUCCUCCGCCCACGCCGCCGGCCCAGCAAUUUAACGGGGUCUUCUUCAUGACCGGCAUGAACACUCCGCAGAAGUAUCCCAAGCCCGACAUCUCGGCCGCCCUGCAGGCCAGAAGGGUCACCAAGAACGUGGAGCGCCUGGAGGCGGCCUUCGCCUCCGCCCAUCCCGAAGCGCUGAAUGAGGCGGCCAUCGGAAGGGAGAAGUCGCGCAGCAACCAGCAGAUAUACUUCACCAGCAACCUGGCCAUGCGGAUGCACGAUCACUCGGGAUUCGGCCUUCCGAAUGGUGGACAGAUCCAGGGUCCCACCAUGCGGUCGCGAUCCCACACCCAGGGAUCCAUGUCCAAGGUCACGGACCUGCCCUCCGGCCUCUACUAAAAGAUACUCGAAAGACAUCUCCAGCUUCUGUGCAAUAGCAAUCCACUCCUAGGUUACGACAGCCCAUCAGAUCAGCGUAUUUAUAGAUCAUUUAAAUCUACCCAUAUGUUAUAAACAAGUUUCUUACGCAACAUCUCAAUAUAACUGCAACCCAGACUAGGUUUACGGUGGCAGCUUCAACCGGGUAUCUAGUUGAUAAGUCUAGUUCCGUAGUUCAUGUCUAGCCUAAUUGAUUAUUUUUCUUCGAAUAAAGUUUUUAAACUAAA